AUGUGGGCUGAGCUUAACGAUGUCAAAGCUCCCUCCCUACGCUGCUUAGCAGAAAAGCUACCGGAGAUAGUCCUUGGUUCCAGGGCAGAUUCCACUACUCUCACCUACCUCAACGGUUUUAAGCGAUGGCGUGGUUGGGCCAACAGAUUUCCCGAGGUCGCAGUGCUGCCUGCUACUCCGGCUUAUGUUUCUUUAUACUUGCUCAGUGUUUUCCAGUCUUCUAGUUCUCCUGCGCCGGUCCAGAACGCCUUCUAUAGCAUUCGCUGGGCUCAUGAUAUUGCUGGUUUCGACUCUCCUACCCGUGAUCAUACACUUCCACAGAAGGUCGUGGAGUCCGCUAAGAGAAGGCUACUACACCUUGCUUCCAAAAAGCUCCCCAUUACACCCGAAAUUUUACAAAAGUUGUUUCAGAGUCUCGAUGGAUCUUUGGUGGACACAAGAUUCAUGGCCAUGGCGUUAUUGGCCUUUGCGGGGUUCUUAAGAUUUGAUGAAUUGUCUAAUCUGAAGCUUAAGGAUUUAGCGCUGCAUGACACUCAUUUUGAACUUUUCAUAGAAAGCAGUAAAACAGAUCAAUAUCGCGAGGGCGCUAUUGUCCCCAUUGUCAAGUCUGGCACGGAUCUUUGCCCCUGGGGUAAUUUAGAGAAGUAUUUAUCGCAAGCCAAACUCACGUUACCGACAUCUUCCCAAGGUGGAGACGACUAUUUGUUCGGAAAUAUUCAAACCAAGUCUGGCUCUCUGUCCAUCCGCCCAGGCUCCAAACUGUCUUAUACAAGAUGUAGAGAAGUUUUAUUGAAGAAGAUUGCAGACGUAGGCUUAGAUCCUAAGUCUUUCUCUUGGCACAGCUUCAGAAGUAGCGAUGCAUCUGCCGCCGCUAAUGGUGGUAUCUCUGAUAGAAUGUUUAAGCGCAACGGUAGAUGGCGUUCGGAAAACGCUAAGGAUGGCUACGUUGCAGACUCGUUAGAGAGCCGAUUAGCGGUCUCUAUGUCUCUUGGACCGUAA